GUGUUGAGAGCCCCAUCUUGUUUGUGCUAGUCACGAUUGCGAUGAUUGGCCCGACAGUGCACUCGUGGAAAGAGAGGGGCCUCGGCUACAACACCGAGAGACCGAGAGCGUACGCAGAUUCGAUCGAGGCUAAAGUUGGAGCCAGCUCUCGCACUAGCGAGGGCUCCCAGGAGAUAGAG